AAAGGGAGAUUGCGUGCAAAGGGGGACCCUGCUUAAGGAACUCUCAGGCUGCGUAAGGAACGAGGUCCUCCUGAUUAGGGAGUUUCAUUAAUUCCUCACAGAAUAGGCAGGCAAAUCCCAGAUUAACCUGGCAGGGUGGGAAGAGGAUUAGAAAGGCAGUUCCAUUUGGCAGCUGGCAGAACACAACAGAGCGCAUCACGGUGGGACAGCGUUAUCCUGCAUGCUGAGGAAGGGGACGGGGAAAGGGCUGCCAUAGCGUGGGUGCAGCCAGCACAGAAAGCAGGAGGCUGGUGGCAGCUCUGGGAGAUGAUAUACCUAUAGUCCACAAAGGGAGCUGCCCCAAGGAGAACACUGAGCUCGGGGAGGGCCUGAGCACACACGGGUGUGGGUGUGCGUGACCUGUCCUGGGGGUGGCCAUGGAGGAAACGUACCUGCUGAACGUGGAAGGGGUCAGAAAGAAGAUCCUGCACGGAGGCCGAGGGGAGCUGCCGAAGUUCCAGGAUGGGAGCAAGAUCACUUUCCACUUCCAGACACUGAAGGACAACUUUGAGCGGACGGUGAUCGACGACAGCCGGGAGGCCGGCAUGCCCAUGGAGAUCAUCGUGGGCAAGAUGUUCAAGAUUGAGAUCUGGGAGAUACUGCUCUGCUCCAUGAGGACCGGGGAGGUUGCGGAGUUCUGGUGCGAUGCCAUCCACACAGGGAUGUAUGCCCUGGUCUCCAAAGGCAUGCGGAGGAUCGCGGAGGGCCGGGACCCCCUGGAAGGGCAGAAGCAUCGCUGUGGUAUGGGCAACAUGUUCGACUACCACAGCACGGGUUACGAUGACCUGGACGAGCUGCAGCGGACACCUCAGCCCCUCAUCUUCAUCAUGGAGCUGUUCCGGGUGGAGGAGCCCUCGGCCUACAAACGUGACACCUGGGCCAUGAGCAAGGAGGAGAAGCUGGCGGCCGUGCCCGUGCUGCACAGCGAGGGGAACCGCCUCGUCCUCCAGAAGGAAUUCCAGCGCGCGGCCGAGAAGUACCAGGAGGCCGUCAUCUGCCUGAGGAACCUCCAGGCCAAGGAGAAGCCAUGGGAGGAAGGCUGGCUGAAGCUGGAGAGCCUGGUCACGCCGCUGGUGCUCAACUACUGCCAGUGCCAGCUGGAGCUGGGCGAGUACUACGAGGUGCUGGAGCACACCACGGAGCUGCUCCAGAAACACAACGACAAUGCCAAGGCCUAUUUCAAGCGGGCGAAGGCGCACGCAGCCGUGUGGAAUGAGCGAGAGGCGCGGGAGGACUUCCUGCGCGUGGCCCACCUCGACCCCGCCAUGGCGGCCGCCGUCAAGAAGGAGCUGAAGCUGCUGGGGGAGAGGAUGAGGAAGAAGCACGUGGAGGAUCGGAAGCGUUAUCAGGGCCUCUUCCAGCAGCCCCGGGGGGGGAAGGCUGGCACUGGGUCUGCGGUGGGUGAGGGGAGGCAGGAGGAGGAUGGGUCCCAUGGAGGGGAACAGGGCACAGGAGCAGGAGAAGCAGGAGUUGGUGAAGCAGAACGUGAAAAGGAAGCACGGGGAAGAGGAGCAGCCCCAGGGGAGGGUGAAGAGGUGGAAAAUGGGGUGGGACAGGGCAGGGGAGUAAACCUGGGGGCCUGUCGGGCAGACCCAGAGAGUUGUGGGGCAGAGAGGGGGAGGAAGAAGAAAAGGAGAUGGUAG